AAAAAAUCAAUGGGGAGAAAACCUUGUUGUGACAAAAUUGGAUUGAAGAGAGGUCCAUGGACUAUAGAAGAAGAUCAUAGACUCAUGAACUUCAUUCUUAACAAUGGCAUCCACUGCUGGAGAAUUGUCCCCAAACUCGCAGGUUUGUUGAGAUGUGGGAAGAGCUGUAGAUUGAGAUGGAUAAACUAUUUGAGACCCGAUCUCAAGAGAGGUGGUUUUACUGAUGCUGAAGAAGAUCGGAUUAUGGAACUUCACUCUCAACUUGGAAAUCGGUGGUCUAAAAUUGCCUCUCAUUUCUCUGGUCGAACUGAUAACGAAAUAAAAAACCACUGGAAUACGAAGAUCAAGAAGAAGAUGAAACAUCUUGGUUUAGAUCCGGCUACGCAUGAACCGAUGAAUAAUAUUAUGGACCAAACCGAUCCAAACCAGAAAAUCAAACCUACCAUCAAGGAAGGAGAGAAAACUAAGGAUCAAAUUCCAAAAGAUGGUGUUAUAACAGACACAACGAAAACAUUAAUAAUGUCCGAUAAUGACGCAGAACUUAUGGCGAAAAACUGCAAAACUCUAUGUGCAGAAGAAGUAGACAUCGGAUCUCUAUUUGAAAUGCAAGGCAACGAGAUAUCUAUCUCGUCUUCUUCUUUCUCAUCUUUGUAUAGUAAUAUUUCAGGAAGUGAAUCUUCAUCAUAUCUUGCUGAAGAUUCCAUCUCUUUAGAGCAAUGGGAUUUGGAUAUGACGGAUCCUUUGUUACCAUGGGACCUCUUUGCCAAUCUCGAUGAUACUCCUUUCCUUUUAUGA